UUUGUUUGUUUUUCAGCGGCCACAACCACACAACAACAUGAGACCCCCAAUCCCAUCUGUCACAAACAAAACCUAGAGCUCCCAAAAACUUCAAGUCUUUAAGAGAGAGAGAGAGAGAGAGAGAGGAUAUUACAAUCUAGUUGUUGGUUUAUGUAAUGGCGAGUGGAUGGGUGAAGUCAUUGCAAUGCAAGUCCAGAGCAUAUGAAGACGUUUAUCACCCAAACCCUAAAUUCCUCAUACCCAGUGCAAGUUGCAGAAAGAGCGUUCAAAACAUCAAAGACGUCGUCGAAACAACAAAGCCAAAGCCUAAAAAACCACUCCAAAAACACCCCAGCUCUAGAUACCCAUCAACCACCACCAAACCCGAUUUCGAAACCACCAUCAACCGCUCUCGAAGCACCACCGCCACCACCACCACCACCACCCGCCACACCACUACGCCGGACCCUCGUUUCCCUUCACUCAUGGAACUCACUGAGGGGCAUCCUUCGCGCAACGUUGUGGAGAUUAUCUUCCACACUAGCUGGGGCCCCAAACCCUUUUCGGGUCGGGUUGAUAUGAUCUUCAAGGUCCACAAUGGCCCACGGACCGUGUCCCGGUUCGAAGAGUAUCGCGAGGCGGUUAAGGGUCGUUCCGGUUCGGGUAGCCCGGUCAAGGGUAGUAACUGGGAGGAAAAUGCGCGAUGCGUUGCUGAUGGGAAUGAGGUGAUGAGGUUUCACUGCUUGGGUCCCACCUCCGGCGGUGGUCCCUACGGCGGAGCCUGUGCAUGGUCAUUCCCCGGCGGCAAAGGAUCGGCGAUCUGUACAUUCUCAGGCAGCGGUGGGGCACAUGACAGCUCAGGCGGCGGUAGGGGCAGGAAGGCCAUGCUGGUGUGCCGGGUCAUAGCGGGUCGGGUCUCCAAGCAACUAGGGUUUAUGGACUCGUUGUUGGAUGGGCGAGUUGGGUUUGACUCGGUGAGUGGGGACAACGGCGAGUUACUAGUGUUUGACUCGCGUGCUGUAUUGCCCUGUUUUCUUAUCAUUUAUAAAUUGUAAAAAACGUAUUUACCGUUCUUCCUCCUUUAUCUUUUAUUUUUAAAACACUUUUUUUUUCUGAUUUAUUUUCAUUUUGGAUGUAUGUAUGUUGAUUGUUGAGGAC